GUUCGAGUGGGGGGGCGGGGGGGUUCUCCGUGGUCACGGUGAUGAGACAAGGCGAAUAGACGAACGACGAGAAAGUGUCAUCUGCGCGCAGCUUUCCUUCGGCUGCCUCACGACGGCAGGCGAACGCCAGCGGGGGAUGACGGGUGGCUCGUUUUCAGCGGCGCGGUUAUCGGUGUGACGCUCAAAGCGCUGCUGACAGGAUCGAAGCCGGCGGCGUCUUCUCGGCCACUUCGGGCUCCCUCAACGGACUUGCCGACCGCUCUCUCUCGCCUCCUCCUGCCCAUCUUCCACGCAGCCUCCUCUUCCUCUUACUGAUGAGCCUGAGAGUGAAAGACCCCCGCUGAUAGAGGUUCCUCUCUGUCAAGACAGUAAGUAAGGGGAGGGAGGGAAGUGUGUGUGUGCCACUGAGAGAGAGAGCUAGAGAAAGUGUGGGAGAAAGGGAAGAAGAGUGAGGUUGUCUGUAGCUCAGAAUGCCAGGGAUGUGCAUGGGCACUUUGCUCUGGGCACAGCAACAGUAACGAGGUGCACAGAAGAGGUGCCAUGUGCAGUUGGCCGGGGCGCCCCACGGCAGCAGUGUUGCCCCUCAUCUGGCGGGAAGCGCUUCCCCUUACACAUUCUCCAGGGCUCCGCCGGGAAUCUUUUCUGGGAUUUAUCUCAUCCUGCUGGAUGGCAGUGAGCUCCCUGCUUCUCUGAAAGAAGAGUCCGCAUAGAAAACCACACACCGCACGGAUAAGAAGUAAAAUAAUUAUCCAAUCACUGCAUGGGGAGGCAGACCUGGUUUCCUUAGCAACAACUGAGAGAGAAAGAAGAGAGUCGUUUUCUCUUUUUGCUCUUUUGGGGUUUUUUUAUUGAGGGAGGGGGGGGGGGGGGCACACCCUUGUGGACUGCUGUGGGUAUCAAGUACCACCCAGAUCCUAGGACAAGUCGGUCCGUUGCCUCCCCUAGAACUGCGUCUCAUCCACCAUGAUUUUUGUUGUUGUUCUCACCAAAAGUCACGUUUCAUAGGCUUAGGAAUUCAUUCAUCCUGAUACUACCUGGAAUAAAUCCUUCUUUUGGGAAGGAAGAUUGGAUUCUCUAGGAAAAUACCUGCCCCGGUCCACCAAUCCUCCGUCCUGAAAACAACUGAAAAGAAAUGAUCCAAAAAGAAAUGGGGAUCUGAAGUUUAUUUUGACAUGACCACUGACGUCUCUCAUCAUUUUCAGUUGGGAUGAAAAGGAAUAUCAAUUUUUUCAUAGCCAACAGCAAGCUCCCUCACAAAAUCCAUAAAAGAAGACAAUCAUCUGGGAAGUUGUAUUUUUCUAUCUCUAGCAGAGUGGAUAUUUAUCAACUUUUAUAAUGGUGGUAUGACACAAUGUUGCUCUGUUUUUCCAAGUGCAAAAGGCAAAAGCUCUUUCCCAAGUAUAGAACAGUGUUUUAAAUAGCAUCUCCUCCAGAACCAUUUCAGUUGUACACACUGACACAUGAGAUGAGUUGGCUCAGUUUGAUUAUGUAAGAUAUUUUUAUUUUUUUUAUUAUUCCAGCCUCGGCACAUUUUUUGCCUCUUUUUUUCCAUGGAUUUAUUGUCUUUGAGUUUUCCUGUGCUCUCUUUCUCCCUGAUUUCGGAUGGACGUCAUGGCUGCCAGAGACUGACCUUCUGCCGAGUGUGCAGGCGAGGAAAGGCGUUUUGGUCGUCCAGGUGCUUUUAAGAUGUUGAGGUCUCCCUGCGUGGCUGGGGCCCCUGUUCGGAUCAGUAGCACUGAGGCUCCUCGUAGCCAAAGACAUGGACCCCGACUCGGCUCCCCCACGCCCUCAGCCCGUUGGCCACUGGCCCCACGUCACCUUGUGAAGGAUGUCCCUCAGCAGAGCUCCGGCCCGGGACACCUCUGAGACCCCCAGCCCGAGAGAACGCAUCCGCAGCCACAUGAAGAUGGUGAUCGACCAGCUGGAAGGAAUUCUAAGAGAGCUCAAGGAUGUGGCCAAGGAACUUCGGGAGGUGGUGGGCCAGAUCGAUAAACUGACAUCAGACUUUGACUUUGACCUGGAUCCAGAUGACUGGACGGUAGCAACAGCGAGCAGCACGUCCAGCAGCGAGCGUGGCCUCGGGGAAGCCUUCCGCCUCGACUUCCUCAACGCUGACGUGUUGUCCGACAGCUGGGAGUUCUGCGGCUACCUGGAGUCUGCCAGCGGGGCUUGCGCCCGGAUGUCCAGCGAGCCACCGAUGGGGUACUACCCUCGAGCGCCCCCAGGCCGCGGGACCAUACCCACCCAGACGCCCACCCUGCCCCCUAUGGCCACCGCCUCUGUCUACUCACAGAUGAACGGCGGGCUGCCAAUCCCCAACGGGCCGCGCAUCAUCACUCCGGAUUCAUCCAGCGAAGAGGCUAGCAGCUCCACACACAGCCACAAGACAAGGGAGAGGGUCCGAUUCAGUGACAAGAUCCUCUACCAUGCCUUGUGCUGUGACGACGACGACGAAGAGCAGCAGGAGGACCUACCAGACGACAAGAGCGGCCGUGGCACGCCUGACAGCGACAGUGAGGCAAGCCUCCUGGCUGAGCCGCUCACCCCCAAACGUUCUUCCUCUGAGCACUCGCUCCUCCACAACUGCUUCGACCCCUCUUACGUUCCCCCGUCAGCGAGAAGCAUGACGGGAGCGCACACAUUACCCAGGAAAGGCCUCCUGAACCCCGGCUGCCGCAAAAAACUGCUCAGAAACAGCAGCACACAAACUGUGUCGGAUAAGAGCACCCAAACUGUACUGCCCUAUAUUCCAAGCAAACAGAAAACAAAGGAGUACUGAGCCAGCCGGAACCUCCCUCCGUUUAUCAUUCAGCUCACCACAAGGACUGUGCAUUAUUUAAUAUUUAAUACAUAGUUCAUAGAUUAAUACAUAAAUAAAUCGAUUACUAAAUAAAGAAAUGAUAUAUGGGAAAAAAAAUCAUUGUGCUCCCUAAAUUGAUUCCAAAACUCAUUUAAUCUUGGUUACGGAAGUGAAUUUCAGGCACUAUCUCCUAAACCCUUCACCAUAACUCAUAACCCGUACCCUAAACCAUAACCCCGAACCUUGGUUCAAACCCAUAACCCUAAAAUUACCUCCAACCUUAAACAUGUAUCCCUAAACCUAAUUCUAACCCCAACCCGUCACUCUUCCCCUAACCCCUAUGUUAACCCCUAUGUUAAACAAAACCCUUGCCCUAACCUUAACUCUCACCCCUAGACUAACCCUUAACCCUAACUCUAAUCUAACCCUGAUCCCUAUAUCUAAUCAUGAACCUUAUCUUUAACGGAAAUCCUAGCCUUUACCUAAACCCUAACCUCACCCAUAACCCCUCACCUUAACCUCAACUCUUUAACCUCUAAUCCCCAAACAAUAACAUUUACCCUAACCCCAAAGUUAAACCCUAACCACCAACCCAACCCCUAAAUCUAACCGUAACCCCAAACUAUAACCUUAAUCCACAACAAUAAUAUUAACCCUAACCCCCUAACAGCAUCAUUGCAUUAUCAGAGUUUUUCCACUUCUGGCUGUGGGCGAAGGGGAGAACAAAACGCUUGCCAUUGUGGUAUCAAGUCAAGUUUAUUUAUACAGCACAAAUUCACAACAGAAGCCAUCUCAAGGCACUUAAAGUCUAGACAAGAACAACUGAACCCCAUGUGAAGAAGCGCAUAAGGAAAGUGUCGAAACCAAACCAAGAGUCAGUGUGGGGUGACCAUCUGCCUCUACUGGUUGGAUUAAUAUGGAGAAGAAUUGCAAGGAAAGUGAGCAGAAGGUAAGUCCCGUUAUUUCUGCAGGUUUUCACACAAAGUUAGCAUUAGUCAGCUAGCUUUAGUCAGCUAGGUUGUA